AGAAUGUCAAUAAGCCUGGAAGCUCUGAGGAAACCAUAAUGGGCCUUGGUAAAGCAGGAGAUCUAGACAUAAAUAAGUCAUCUGAGCCAUUUGAGACAUUCAGCAUCACACAAGAGGAAGGUAAAACAGAGGAUAACUGUUUCAGUGCAGUAAUAUCUGGCAACAACAAGUGUCCUGUGGUAUCCAGUGUCAGGAAUGGUGGUAUGCAGGCAUCUGGCAAUAAAGUAAACCAAAAAAAGACAGACAGUCAGGAGUGCAAAUCUUCAGAAAGCCCACCUGUGGAAUUUUUACCUCUUGAGACUACAGAGCUAAAACCUGAGCUACAAGAAUCAUCUGUAACUGUCAAAGUCUUACAGGAAAUUGAAAGCAAACAUUUGGACUCUACAAAGGAAUCACAGGCUACUGUGAAUAAACCUGGCGAACUGGAGGAUACAAUUUCUGACCACUGUAAAUCUGUAAAACUGACCAUAAAUGAUUCACCCGAGCCGCUUGGAAAUUCUAGCACCUCACGUCAUGUAGAGAAAACAGAGGAUCAGUGUUAUAAUGUUUUCAAGUGGGAGAACAGCAAGUGUGUUGAGGUGUCUGAUGUUCAGACUGAGGGUUUGCUGGAAUCUAGCAAGCAAGCGAACCAAAACAAAACAGAAAAUCAAGAAUUGGUAGACAUAACAACAUCAUUAUUUGAAAAUAAAGAUGUGAAACCUGAGCUGAGAGAAUCAUCAGUGUCUGUAAACAUAUUAAAACAAAGUGGGAGCGAACUUGUAGAUUGUACCAUUGAACCGCAGGUCUGUGUUGCUGAACCUGUGAAUCUAAAUGAAGCUGAAGCUGACCUCUGUAAAGCAGAAGUGUCUCAAAACGAUUCAUCUAAGCCUUGUAUUAAUUCAAACACUCCACACACUGAAAUAAAAACAGAGGAUCAGUGUUUAAGUGCAUCCACCUUUGACAACAAGUGUCCUGAGGUGUCUGAAACUCUGAGACUUAAUAAUGAACAGAAAGCAGGGCAUACUGCGUCCAGCAGUGAUAAACAGCUCACAUUAAUGACCUCCCCCAUUCUGGAUUCUGUCCUGGAUAAGAAAGUGGAAAGUGAAAAAGUGGAAAGUGCUCCUCAAGAAUGGGACAAUGCAGGGCUGACCAAUAAAGCUCAGACUUACCAGACGUUUCUAGAACCUAGCCAUGCACAGAACAAAGAGUGGCAGGAUGCGGUCCAUCCUGAAGCACAACACACAGAUGUACAGGAAUGUAUUACAUUAAUGGAAACUGUAGAGAACCCAGAAACAAGUGUUUCAUCAGAGGCCAAUCAGAUUGAGCACGAACAGGAAGAGAUAAACGGAUGCGAGGAAAAGAAAAGAGAAGAUGAUGUAGCAGAGAGCCGGAAACUUGUCAAAAUGCCUGAAAGUCAUGAGAGCGAGCAAGACAUCGAGAAAGGGACCAUAAAAGACCUCCCGGACAACUUUUUCUCCUCUGCAGAGAAAACAGUAGGCGAUGACACUGACCUGUUAGCAUCAACAUGCAGUGAUGGAUUGAAGUCUGAAAAGAAACAGGACUCUGCCUCAGAACAGUUAUCAAACAUCACUCACAAAGACAUUUCCAUGGUGUCAGAGUCACAGGACCCUUCCCAGACAUUACUCGGUACCAAAACACAGUCCAGUAAUGAUGAAACAAAAUCAUUUAUUCAGAUAAUGCGUGAAAGAGCCUCUGAAGUAUCAAAAACUGAGAGUGAAAAUGAUUUUAACUCAACAGAUGGGGAGGUCAGCGAAGUAGCACAGAAGGAAAAGACUGACGGUAAUAAGAGCACUGGAUGUACAUCCACAAAUGAGGAAUGGGCAGUUACUAUUGGGACUUGUGUGUCUAAGGAAGUUUCAGACAGCCCAGGUGCAGCUGUUGACCCCAUAAUAGAGCUGAAUCCAAAAAAAGAGAGACCAGACACAGAAAGGUCAUGUGAAAGUUCAGACUCGCUAAAAGCAUUAACGCAGGCAGCCGCCAUCUCUCAUACUCAACAGGAGUGUAAGCUUGGAUCUGCAGAUGACAGACCCUUUGACAGGGCUCAGGCUGAACCGGAGUUCCAUUACCCUGCUGAGGAGGGCCCAACUGAAUUAAAGGAACAGCCCGAGGACCCACUAGAUAUCAGGCCCCAGCUGACAGAAGCAGCUGAAGAGAGCGAGUUUGACCCUGACUUCCCCCCACCCCCAGAGGAGCAUCUACUACUUUCUGCACUCCCAGCUCACCUGUUUGAAGUCAAUGCCGAGUUCCCCACGCCACCUUCUACCCCCCCAGAGAGUCCUCCUAUAGAGCCUGAACCUGAGUCUGUUCCCGUGGUUUUUACCGCUUGUCCUUCAUCUGACCCAGAUCAGGUGCCUUCAUCUCCAGUUCUUCCUCUGCAGUUCCAGCACGACCAGCACCCUACAGCUAGGAGCUCAGAUUCUGAUGGCACAUUUGAGACCCCUGAAUCCACCACCCCUGUGAAGACUGCAUCUCCCCAACUUCCUCCACCCGAGCAGCCUGAGCCCAGCACAGAGCCUUUGACAGUUGAGGACACAGAACCAUGUCCUCCAUCCACCUUAACACUAGAUGACUCUAUCACUGAUGUUCUUGAUCCUCCUUUACAACGGAAGUCCAGUCGCGCACUCUCCCCUGUCUUUGAUGAGGACAAGCCCAUAGCAAGCAGUGGAGCCUACAACCUUGACCACCUACUUUCUUCUGACUCCGUAUUAGCACCUCUAACCCGCUCACUCAGCUUCCAGUCUGGAGAGUUAGACAGCAUUAACUCUGGAGACAGAACUGAGGAGGGAUCUUUUGACAUAGUUACUCAUCUCAGAUCGGAAUCUUUUAGUGUGGGUACAGAGAGUGCUCCAGGGACCCUCCGUCGUGUCAAAAAGCCUCGACCGGGCUCACUGAAGAAGAAGCCACUUUCAAGGCAGAACUCAAAUCCAGAAAGUGCUGAAAGAUCUGGCUCAUCCAGCAGUACACCAGACGUAAGGAAAAAAGGGAAGCCUCAGACAGAAGGUCCUUCACAAGAACAAGAGGAGAAGGCAGGCCCCUGUACCUCUCCUAGUCCCAGCCCUGCAGGCACCCUUAGGAGGACCAGAAUUAAGUCUCGAGUGGAGAGUCCUCCACCGGUAGCUGAAGAAAGCCCUCCAGAUCCAGCACCGAUAACUACAAAACCCCAGGAAGAGGCUCCCUCAGUUCCUGACGAGGACUCCCCUAUUCCUCUCAGUGCCAGCUACCAAUGGGACCCAGACAACUUUGAAAAUAUUGACCCGUUUUGCUCAGGUGGCAGUAAGAUUGCCAACUCUCCGGUCUUGGGUAGAAAAAUUGACUUUGCUCCCUCUCCACAGCCCACCCCUGUUCCUACCAAGGAACUUGCUGCCUCUGCUACACUCCACUCAGAGAAACCCCUUUGCCCUGAGGAGCAGCCAAUCACCAAGCGGUCUGUCAGACUAGAAUUUGAUUACUCUGAGAAGAGUGGGGACACAUCACAGGACACUCCUCUCCCUCCAAAAAAACUAGGCAAGAAACCAGGGGCCAAGAUGCCCAUUCGAAAGCCAAAGCUGACGAAUAAGAAACCCGCCCAACUGCGGACUGAGCAGCUAGACAACGUGCCUGCUGCAGGGAAUUCAAUUGACAUCGAUGAUAUUCCCAUUCCCAAAGCAUCCUGCAAUUUUGAUCCCAGCAAAUGGGAUGAUCCUAAUUUUAAUCCUUUCUCAUCAGCGAAAGAUAUCCCCAACUCCCCAGGUCAGUCUAGGGCAAGUUACAGUUUUAAUGAGGAAUCUUUCGAUGACUCGGUCGACUCCUUUAAAACGUCCAUCAGGAUGGCGAAUUCACCACCAAAACCAGCAUCUUUUGAAGUGUCCAGCAAUGACAAUGAAAACGACAAUGACAACAUUGAUGAGCUGGAUGAUCACAAUCAGAAUAAACCAGCCAAAAACAAGAAAAAGCCACUUAAAUCGAAGUCCAGUGGUUUCUCUUCUCUCUGUUGUGCUUUUAACACAUUCAGAGUGAAGAAGUCACCAAAGAGGUCACCUCUGUCUGAACAGUCUGCAAAAGUUCCCCAGGACCGCUCAAAUGAUACCAGAACUGAUCACAUGCAAGACCUUGCCACAGAUGAAGAGAAGCUGGCCUCCUCCACCAACCAGAAAUGGACAGCUCGGCACGACGUACAAAUGGAGUUGACGUCUGAUGUCCAGGACUUUCCUCAGCCUUCGGACCUCACGGCAUUUGUCAACGAGAGCAACUUACCUACACAGAACCAGGACUAUGAAAUUGAAUACAUGGAGAAGAUUGGCACCAACACACCACCUUUAUCAGUAAAAAAGCCCUUCCUCUACCUAAAUCUGGAUCCAGUGACAGACAGUCCACAACAAACCCUGAAUAUGGACCAAUCAGGACCCAACUCUCCUUGUACAGGGAGUUUUGAGGAAAUGGAGGCAAAGAUCUCAAUGGAGGGGAAAUCACCUGUAGUGACGUCCCAUGAGACCCACGAACCCCCAGCAUUAGUGAAAAGCAGACAGAAGGAAAGCAAAUCUCAAAGUAGAGCACAGAGCAGUGAGAGAGGUCGACGGGGCCCUGCGGACCCGACCGAUCUAACACUGUUAGACAAGCUGAGUGAAUCGUCGGUCCCCCUCAGCUACCUGGAGCCUGACCUGGCAGAGACCAACCCCACAGCAUUCGCCCUCAAACUGCAGGAAGAGCUAGUGCUCGCAGCCCUGAGGAUUGAGGCACUACAGGUAGCCCAAAACAUCUCUCAGAGCCCUACUCUAUCCACUGUUUCCCCUCAGGUGAAAGAAGUAGCCUCAUCAGGGGACAGUGGUGUGUCUAAAGGUUCCCUGUAUUCCCGGGUGGGGUACAGUGAAGCAGAGAGCCCCUACCUUCCUCGAGAACUGGACCACUCACUUGGGAUAGCAAGAGAAGAGGUGGUUGCCAAAGAAAAAGAAGUGUUAGAGUGGCAGCAAAAGUACGAGGAGAGUCGACAGGAACUGGAGGAGAUGAAGAAAAUAGUUGCAGAAUAUGAGAAGACAAUUGCACAAAUGAUUGAGGAUGAACAAAAGGAAAAAUCUCUGUCCCAUCAUACCAUCCAGCAGCUGAUUUUGGAGAAGGAUCAAGCUCUGGCUGAUCUCAACUCUGUGGAAAAGUCGCUGGCAGAUUUGUUCCGCCGUUAUGAGAAAAUGAAAGACGUUUUGGACGGCUUCCGCAAGAAUGAGGAUGUGCUGAAAAAAUGUGCACAGGAGUACCUGUCUCGGGUCCGCAAAGAAGAGCAGCGCUACCAGGCUUUAAAAAUCCAUGCUGAGGAGAAGCUAGAUAAGGCAAAUGCAGAAAUUGCUCAAGUGCGUACCAAAGCUAAACAAGAACAGGCGGCGUACCAGGCCAGUCUGAGGAAAGAACAAAUGAAGGUGGAUUCACUGGAACGCACACUGGAGCAGAAGAACAAAGAAAUCGAGGAGUUGACCAAGAUCUGCGAUGAGCUGAUUGCCAAAAUGGGAAGGAGCUAACUGUCCCCUACACUCUAUCCACACCAGCACAGAAUCUUAAUUGUCCUGUUGCGUGCUGGACUGAACCAUGGACUGUUCACAGAUCUUCAACACUACUGAUAUUUGUUGUAAAGUGUAUCUCCUAAGGACUGGGAGGAUCCACACUCCACUGUAAUUACUCACAGAGCAUUUUGAUGUUUACUGUUUACUGAUGUACCUGUAAUAAGGGUGACGUGGAUGUUUUUAGAGAUGUUCCCCAUCAGUAAAGAAUUUUAUGACAGUGUGUGAAUGAGGGAGAAAGAGUGCUUGGCGUGAGGAUGAUGAUUUGAGUGCUACGAUGCCAUGACAGCCACUGAUGGAGCUGACUGUUAAUUCUGUGGUAUCCUCUUUGAACUUGAAAACACAAGUGAUAAGAAAGACAGCGUCUAUAAAUAUUAGAAACAAUGAUACAAAUGCAUGUGUUCGAAUGAAACCUCGUUUCUGUGAAUAUAAGCUGAAUAUAGUUUAGGAACACAUCUGCGGGUUUUGAUACUGUUUAAUCUGCUUCCUUGUGGAUAUUUGUAGAUAAUGUUAGUUUUAUUGCCUCUUAGCAAAACUGAUGUGCAAUUUCAUUUUGGGAAUUUUAUUUUAAUAUGUUAAUUAGCAUAAUGUAUUAUUUCUGGUUGUAAAUGAGCUACAUUUAUUUGAAUGGGAUUGUCUUAGUCCUGCUCUGGUUGAUGUGACACAGUGGAAGUCUCCUUGAGAAGGAGCUCUACUCAGCUGCACAGCACCUGCUUACGAAGUGCAAUAAAAGAUGGCAAUAAA